ACCAUUCAUAGAUCUCUUGCUGAGAAAUCUCCUAGACCCUCCUCCUAGGAGCACACCCCUCACUCCUGCUGUGGUGGUUGAGUCAUCUCUCCACCCCCCACCGAAGUUGGGAAGUUCUUUAGUUUCACUUUCAUCAUCUUAAGCCUUUCUCUGUUUUAAAGCGCUAACUCUUCACAAGUUCUCUCACAAAAAUCUGGAACUUCCUGGAUUAGUACACGGUCUUUGUCACAGCGCCGGUGAGAGAGGACCAGGCACUCUGCAGCUAGACCCUGAAGCAAAGUUGUCAGGCAUUGAAAGACUACUUCUCUAAAGGAUUUCCUUUCAGAGACAAAAAGAACAUCUUGGACAUGGCUUCAGAGAUCCACAUGUUGGAACCCAUGUGCCUCAUUGAGAACACUGAGGCUCAACUAAAAAUCAACCAGGAAGCCCUGAGGAUCCUGUCAGCCAUCAACCAGCCUGUCGUGGUGGUGGCCAUUGUGGGCCUCUACCGCACAGGCAAAUCCUACCUGAUGAACAAGCUGGCUGGGAAGAGAACAGGCUUCUCCCUGGGCUCUACCGUGCAGUCUCACACCAAGGGCAUCUGGAUGUGGUGUGUGCCUCACCCCAAGAAGGCAGGGCAGACCCUAGUUCUGCUUGACACUGAGGGCCUUGAAGAUGUUGAGAAGGGUGACAACCAGAACGACUCUUGGAUCUUUGCCUUGGCAGUCCUCCUCAGCAGCACCUUCAUCUACAACAGCAUAGGAACCAUCAACCAGCAGUCCAUGGACCAGCUGCACUAUGUGACAGAGCUGACUGAUCUUAUCAAGUCAAAGUCAUCACCUGAUCAGAGUGGGCUCGACGACUCUGCUAACUUUGUGGGCUUCUUUCCAACCUUUGUGUGGGCUCUGAGGGAUUUCUCCCUGGAGCUGGAAGUUAAUGGAAAACCUGUCACUUCUGAUGAGUACUUGGAGCAUUCGCUGACCCUGAAAAAAGGCACUGAUAAGAAAACUAAAAACUUUAAUGAGCCUCGACUAUGCAUCAGGAAAUUCUUUCCAAAGAGGAAGUGCUUCAUCUUUGACAGACCUGCUCAGAGGAAGCAACUCUGCAAACUAGAGACUCUGCGGGAGGAGGAGCUGUGUAGUGAAUUUAUAGAACAAGUUGCAGAAUUCACCUCAUACAUCUUCAGCUACUCUGCUGUCAAGACUCUGUCUGGUGGCAUCAUAGUCAAUGGGCCACGUCUGAAGAGCCUGGUGGAGACCUAUGUUGGCGCCAUUAGCAGUGGGUCUCUUCCCUGCAUGGAGAAUGCUGUCCUGACUUUGGCCCAGAUAGAGAACUCAGCUGCAGUGAAAAAGGCUAUCACCCACUAUGAAGAACAGAUGAAUAAGAAAAUCCAGAUGCCCACAGAGACCCUCCAGGAGCUGCUGGACCUACACAGGCCAAUUGAGAAUGAGGCCAUUGAGGUCUUCCUGAAGAAUUCUUUUAAGGAUGUAGACCAAAAGUUCCAGACAGAAUUAGGGAACCUGCUGGUAGCCAAGCUAGAAGCCUUUGUUAAGAAAAACAUGGAUGCGUCAUCAGCUCGAUGCUCAGAUUUGCUGCAGGAUAUUUUUGGACCUCUGGAAAAAGAAGUAAAACAAGGGGCAUUUUCUAAACCCGGAGGUUACUACCUUUUCCUUCAGAUGAAACAAGAGCUAGAGAAGAAGUACAACCAGGCUCCUGGGAAGGGCCUCCAGGCAGAAGCGAUGCUGAAAAAAUACUUUGAGUCCAAGGAAGAUGUUGUUGAAACACUUCUAAAGACAGAUCAGUCACUCACAGAGGCGGCAAAGAAGGUUGAAGUGGAACGUAUGAAGGCUGAAACUGCAGAAGCUGCAAACAGAGAGUUAGAAGACAAGCAGAAGAAGUUCGAGCUGAUGAUGCAGCAGAAGGAAGAGAGCUACCAGGCGCACGUUAAACAGCUGACCGAGAAGAUGAAGGAGGAGCAGAACAAAUUAAUAAAAGAACAGGACAACAUCAUAGCUCUUAAACUUCGGGAACAGGAAAAGUUUCUCAAGGAAGGAUUUGAGAAUGAGAGCAAGAAACUUCUUCGGGAGAUUGAUAACAUGAAGAGAAGGCAAACGUCUGGGAAAUGCACCAUACUCUGAAGGCUUGAGGCCCAAACCUCUCUGCCAAGCUCUCUUCCUCACAGAUUCUGUGGACUGAGCACCUCAGGCUUUAAAACAAUGAUUAUGAAACUCAAUUCACCCCAACUCAAAAUCAGUCACAUGUAACUCCAGUUUGGGUCACUGUCUAGCCACUGGGCAACAUCAGAGGAAGUUCCUCUGUGUGUAGAACACAUGUAUGAGCAGAGGUUCAGUCAUCUGUGUUUUCUAGGUCCACUUGGCCUGGGUCAUGCCCAUCCACUUGCUUCUCCUUUAUAAUCUUAAGUUUUCUUCUUUCCUACAGUAUAGUUUCUGCAGUCACAGAGCAGGCAAAUUUUAACUAACUUGCAAAACAAAUUCCCCUCCAUUUCUCUGAGGACUUUGACGUUUUGCUACAGUACUUCAAAAUCAAAAUCCCUUCUCCAUUUUCCAUUUUAUCUCCCCACUCUGACAAUAUGUCUUGGAAUUUCUCAGAACAAAUUGUCUUGCAAGAGCAUGAGUUAAUAAAAAUGAUUACUCCAAUGUAA